UUUAUUUUCCCAUACACUUUAUUUAUGAAACAAAAACAAAAUGGCGCCGACAGUGGCCCCGAAAAAGCCCGCGAAAUCGAUGCAGAAGCCGAUCGAAAAACCGAUCUCAAAAUCAAAGAAAAUAAAGAAGAAGAACUACCAGAGCUUCUCUAUUUACAUCUAUAAGUUACUACGGUCCGUGACGCAGUCCAACUUGGGGAUUUCAAGAAAAAGUAUGCAGAUUAUGAACAAUUUUGUCAACGAUAUGCUGGAAAAAAUCGCGGUGGAGGCCUCAAGGAUGGUGGUUCAUGGGAAGAAGACCACCAUGGGAAGCCAGGAGGUCCAGUCAGCUGUCAGAUUGCUCCUACCAGGAGAACUGGCAAAACACGCGAAUAUCGAGGGCAUAAAGGCGCUUAAUAUGUACCAUACAAGUCACAGUCGUGAUUCUAAAGAAAGUUGAAGUUGAUGACGAAGGUUUUAAUUGUUUAUAAUAAAUAAAUCGUGUUUUGAUUAUGCAGUUGAUUUUAAAAACGAUGCUCUUUUCAGAGCUGAA